CCAUCACCGAGGUCCAUUCGAACUUAACUUGACCAGGCCGGAGACGAUGUCUUUUGUCUCUUGUCCCGGCCAUGUCUGUUUGCCCAGUCAUGUUCUAUCCGAUAUGAACUGGACUCGCAGGUUGUCCCUGAUCGACCGCCUUAUAGUUGGUUCCCACAGCUGCCUGCAAGAAUCGCCACAGCCGGGCAGUGUUCCCAGCUCUGCCCUCGAUCUUCAUUGAAUGCAACUUCAGUUAUCCCCGACCAGGCAAUGAGGCAACCUAUCUUCUCAUUUUCAUGAGGCUCAAGAUGGAGGACAAUUCUGCUGGAUACAACUCCCGUGUGGAGGAACUACGAAGUCGCGAAUUUCCCAUGUUAAAAGAUUCUGUCUAUCUCGAUCAUGCCGGGACAACUCUGUACUCAAAGUCCCUGGUGGAAAGGGUUUCCGCUGAUAUGAUGUCCAACUUGUGGGGAAAUCCGCAUUCGGGUUCAUCACCAUCUCAGUACACGACUGCCCGCAUCGAAGACAUUCGUGUACGCUUACUCCAUUUUUUCAAUGCCGACCCGGCCAAUUUUGAUUUGGUCUUCGUCGCCAACGCAACCGCUGGUGUCAAACUCAUCCUCGAAGCAUUCCGUUGCCGGCGAGACGGAUUCAGUUAUGUCUACCAUCAAGCCUGUCAUACGAGUCUCGUAGGAGUUCGAGAAGAAGCCAAGGAGAGCGCCUGUGUCGAUAACGCCGCAGUUCACGCUUGGAUUCAAGGGAAGAAUCCCUUCAAAGCGCAUCCAAGGAUAGGAUCUGCCGUUCUCUUUUCAUACAGCGCUCAAUCCCAUUUGGACGGAACACGAUAUCCCCUGUCGUGGUCGCACGACCUGAGACGAGCGACCAAAGCCUCCUCCUUACCCCUGUACACCCUUUUGGAUGCUGCCUCCCUCGCUGCCACAUCGCCACUGGAUCUCGGCAAUGCAGAGUCUGCGCCCGAUUUCACCGUCGUCAGUCUCUAUAAGAUCUUCGGAUACCCCGAUCUUGGAGCUCUGAUCGUUCGAAAGCAAGCGGAAGGUGCUUUUCAAUCUCGGCGAUAUUUCGGUGGCGGCACGGUAGACACUGUUCUCUGCGGGAAAGAACAGUGGCAUGCACCCAAGAGUCAAUAUCUACACGAAAGACUGGAAGAUGGGACGCUUCCGUUUCACAGUAUCCUCGCUCUCGACGCAGCUCUCGAGGUCCACCAGGAACUCUUUGGGUCCAUGGAUCGGAUCUCCUCGUACACCGCCCAUCUCAGCCGUCGUAUGUUCCGUGGCCUCGCUGGCUUAAAGCACGCCAAUGGGGAGCCAGUCUGUGUUUUGUACUCGGCGCAAACCGGCGACGGGGAUGGGCCUCAUCCCGGACCCGUGGUAUCAUUUAACAUCAGAAACGCGUCCGGUGCCUGGGUCAGCCUAGCCGAGUUUGAAAAGCUAGCUGCUUUGAAGAACUUCCAUGUACGGACUGGCGGCGUAUGUAGCCCUGGUGGGGUUGUCGCUGCGCUUGGACUACACCCCUGGGAGGUGAGGAGGAAUUUUUCCUCCGGCUUCCGCUGCGGAACAGACCAGGAUAUCAUUGCAGGCAAGCCGACAGGCGUCAUUAGAGUUAGCCUCGGUGCUAUGAGUAUUGUCUCGGACGUCGACCGGUUCAUCUCCUUCAUCGAGGAAUUCUACAGGGAGGAGGAACCAAGCAUCACUCUGCCUGCUGUUUCUCGAUGCCCCGAAUUUGUCAGGUUCGAGGUCCAGCAAAUAAUGGUCUAUCCCAUCAAGAGCUGUGCUGGGUACGCCGUUCCUCCUGGUGUACCUUGGGAAGUGAAGCCCGAAGGCCUGGCCUGGGACCGAGAGUGGUGCCUUGUCCAUGAAGGAACUGGCCAAGCACUGAGUCAAAAGCGAUAUCCCAAAAUGGCCCUCAUCCGCCCCUUUUUAGACUUCGACAAUGGUGUGCUGCGCUUGAAAUACUGUGGCCAAAAACACACCGACAUACUCGACGAGAUCUCGGUGCCUCUAUCCGCCAAUCUCUGGAUAAUCGAUUCUGACUUGGCAAUUCGGCCAUCGUCUUCCAGGGUAUGCGGAGACGAGAUAGCCGCCCAGAACUGCACCGUCCCCGAAGUCAAUGGGUUCUUUUCUACGAUUCUAUCAGUCCCUUGCGUUCUGGCAAGAUUCCCUCCCGGUGGUCACGGGCGUAGUAUGCGACACGCCAAGGCACGAAUUCAGGGCCAUCAGAAACUAGGAAGGCGCUCAGGGGGAGAAAUCAGAAGCAUGCCUGGAAGCUUUCCCGCCUUGCCGUCGCCGCCGGACUCGGACUCGGAACAGAAGACGGGCAGGAUUCUCCUCUCCAAUGAGAGCCCAAUCCUGCUUGUGAACACGGCAAGCCUCGAUGUCUUGAACCACAUCAUCGUCGCUAAGGGGGGAAAUCCGGUGCCUCCCGCUGCAUUCCGAGGCAAUAUUGUCAUAGGACCUUCGGCGGGUUCGGGCGGGGCGUCAGACGAUCUAGCGUAUACUGAAGAUAACUGGUCGAGCCUAAGGAUCGGGGUGCAGCAGUUUCAGUUGAUGGGCUCCUGUCGACGAUGCCAGAUGGUCUGCGUCGACCAAGAGACCGGAGAGAAACGCGAGGAACCGUUUGUCACAUUGGCAAAGACGCGACGUUUUGAUGGCAAGGUGUUUUUCGGAACACAUAUGCGUCAUAAAGCCCAGUCUGGCGCGCAGACGAAGGAGACCCAGUUCCCGACAAUCCGGAUAGGGGAUGCCGUUCAUAUCGAUGCGUGAAAAAGAAAAAAAAAGGGGGGAGGGGGGAUUCCGUUCGGCAAGGGAUUUCCCAGUCCAUCUAUCUUCUGCGAACUUUGUCGCUAGAUAUUAGAACUGAUGGCUGAGGGGAGAUACGACAGCUAUGACAAAACCUACGACGAGAUGAGACUACGACACGCAAUGGUCUUAAGAAGUAAGAUCAAUAUUCGAAUAUGCGCUGUUAUUCUUAGGGGUUUUCCGAAUGCCAACUCCCAUAAAUAUCACGCAGGCUGGGUGAGUGGAUGAAUAGAUGGCACUGGGCAGAUGGGAGAGUCGAGUACGAAGUGAGCAAACUUGCCAUUCCCGCUGUAUCGUACACCGUAAUGUAAUGCUUCUGCCGUCGCAACAUUAUACACCCAAAAUGACCGUAUCAUCUCACAUUUUCACGUCGCGUUUCCUUCAAUCGCGACGUAUGACCAACCACCAAGCCCGUAUUCCCAGUCAACCCUGUCCGACAAGGCG